AGCUCUCUAUGUGACGCUGUGUGUAGGGCAGGGGUGUGAAUGCAGUGACCCACCCCCUCAGGGUCGGAGACGCUGGGCACUGAGCCCGGACACGGCCCGCUCUCCAGGAUGCUGACCAGCGCUCGGCCUGGAAGUCUCAAAGACCCCGAGGUGGCUGAACUCUUCUACAAAGAUGACCCGGAGAAACUGUUUGUCGACCUGCGGGAGAUCGGACAUGGCAGUUUCGGAGCCGUCUACUUUGCGAGGGAUAUGCGAAGCAGUGAGGUGGUCGCAAUUAAAAAGAUGUCGUACAGCGGGAAGCAGUCCAACGAGGUAACGCAUCUCUCUGUCUGGCUCUCUCUUAUAUUCUGUGUCCCUCUGCUGUCUUCCAGGAUGGCCCCUGAGGUGAUCCUGGCGAUGGAUGAGGGGCAGUACGAUGGGAAGGUGGAUGUCUGGUCUCUCGGCAUUACCUGCAUUGAACUCGCGGAGAGGAAGCCUCCUCUAUUUAAUAUGAAUGCAAUGAGUGCCUUAUAUCACAUUGCACAGAAUGAGUCCCCUGUGCUACAGUCUAACCAUUGGUCGGAUUACUUCCGGAAUUUUGUGGCUUCCUGUUUACAGAAGAUUCCUCAGGACCGUCCCACUUCGGAGCUUCUGUUGAAGCACGUGUUUGUGAAGAGAGAGAGGCCUCAGACUGUCAUCAUGGAUCUGAUCCAGCGAACGAAGGACGCGGUCCGGGAGCUCGAUAACCUGCAAUAUCGCAAGAUGAAGAAGAUCCUGUUCCAGGAAACACGGAACGGACCAGCGUCCGACCCACAGGAGGAUGACGAGGAGUUGGAUCCUUGUGUGGGCCGUACUGGCACGAUAAACAGCGUGGAGAGCAGUCACUCAGUCCCCAGCAUGUCGAUCAGUGCCAGCAGCCAGAGCAGCAGCAUCAACAGCCUUGCUGAUGCCUCAGACGAUAACAGCGAGAUCGCAAUGAUGCAGGAGGGAGAUCACACGGUCACCUCCAACAGCUCGGUGAUCCACCUGCGACCGGUCAGUACUUGGUUAGUUAGAUCUCGUGGUCGUCUUGGCGAUCCGGUGAUCCCCCAGUACUGGAUUAGCAACCUCUCCGAGGAGCCAAGUCGAGUGAUCCGCCUCUGGGCUCCCUCCCUCCCUCCAACCAGGAAACCCAAACAGGGCACCUCCAGUGUCAGGAACACCCCUGGCCAUGGAGACGCCAGUCCCCUCAGUUGGAACCCCAAUAUCCCAUUGAUCUCCCUGAGCACCAACUGUUGGAAAUUCAUGGACUUGGACACCCAGAUCCCUCUGCGACUCGGACACCCAGAUCCCUCUGCGACUCGGACACCCAGAUCCCUCUGCGACUCGGAGUCCAGCAGCCUCUCUCUCUCCCUCUGUCUCAAUCCUCUGCUGCUUCUCUGUUCUCCUGGUCCUGGG